UAACAAUAAUAAAAAAUGAUUCUACCCAGAUACGAAAAUAAAAACGUCAACCCAUUUUCGGCUGAUUUGGCGGGAGUUUUGCAGACAGCACGUGGUGGUUUGUGUUUAUCUCUCGAGCUUAUCUCUGUUGUCAAUUUAUCUGUAAUCGCGAUGCCCGGACAAGUCAAAAUAUCUUCGUUUUUUACUCCUUCGCCUGCAAUGAAACGAGCCAGGAGCCCUUCCCCGCUGUCAAAGUUUGUUGCUGCUGAGAGAAACAAGCACACCAUCUACCCUCCAGCCAACGAAGUGUUUUCAUGGACUCAGUUGUGUCCCCUUAAAGAUAUUAAAGUAAUCAUUGUGGGACAAGACCCUUACCAUGGCAAGAACCAAGCUCAUGGUUUGUGUUUCAGUGUGAAGCCUGGGGUUAAAACCCCUCCAAGUUUAGUGAAUAUUUACAAAGAACUCGAAACUGAUAUUCCUGGUUUCCAAAUUCCAAACCAUGGCACACUUACAGGAUGGGCAAAGCAAGGUGUCUUACUUCUCAACUCCUGUCUCACUGUCCGAGCUUCACAGGCUAAUUCUCACAAAGACCGUGGCUGGGAGCAACUGACCGAUGCUGUUAUCAGAUGGCUUAAUGAUAAUUCUUCUGCUCUUGUCUUUGUCCUAUGGGGAGCAUAUGCUCAAAAGAAAGGUGCUUUCAUAAACAAGCAAAAACACUGCAUCCUAAAAAGCGCCCACCCAUCUCCUUUCUCAGCCAACAACGGGUUCUUUGGUUGCAAACAUUUCUCCAAAUGUAAUGCCUACCUUUCAAAAAACAACAAAAAGACCAUUGACUGGAAAAAAGUUCUGUAAAUUUCUUUCAAAUCAUAUUUUUAGAAAAUAACUUCAAAUCAUUUAAAAAAAAAAAAGAGAAAAAAAACCUUCAAACAAAAACUUUCAUCAAGAUUCAAUGAUUUGUUUUUAAAUUCAAAAUCUCAUUUUUAUCUUUAUUAACCAACUUGCAUCUGUUAAAUAUCUUUUUUACCUCAUUUCAUAUCCAGUAUUUCAUCAUUCCAACAACAUUAACAGCUACUUCAAGACUGUUUCUUCUUCACAUUUCCAUUACAUCUAGUUGAGAAGCAUUCUAGCUCUCUCAAUCAGUAACCCUUGGAUCUCUAUAUGCCAGUGCUUUUCAAACUUUUUGCUGGAGCAGAACCCCAAGGAAACAUUCCACUGGCUCGAGGAACCCCUGUGCAAUAAUUUAAUAGUCUUAUGCACACAUAUCUGCACAGGAGAAUUAAAAAUUACUGCCGAUUUUAGCAACUUCUUACGGAACCCCUGGACUGUACUGGCAGAACCCUGGUUGAAAACCACUGCUAUAUGCAUUGAAUGGUGCAUUGAAUAGUGUCAUACAGUAUUUUUAUAUGUUUUUAGCUACAUUUAUGUUUGCAUUUGGACUUGCAGAGUCUUUCGUGAUUUGUACAAUUAAGUGAAUUGCCUCCAGUCCGAAUUUUGUUUGUUUGCAGAUGUUUCGUCACUUAUUGUCAUUUAGUGUCAAUAGUCAGAAGCAACCUAAUCUGACCUCUAAAUCAGAGCCUGGACAAUACAUCUAUAUUGAUCACUAGCAGGUUAAUGUUAUGAUGUACGUGAUCAUUUCUUAAAAACUCAGGGCAACUCCAGUAACACUUCAUUUGAUGUGCGAAUGUAAUAUAUUUGUAUAUUUGCCGGGUGGCCAGCUGGCAGAAUCAUUAGGAUACCAGACAAAAUACUUAUCAGCAUUUCGUCUGUCUUUUAGUUCCGAGUUCAAAUUCUGUCACAAUCGAAUUACCUCCUCCCUGCUGAAAUUACUGGCCUUGUGCCAGAAUUGAAAAUAUGUAUAUUUGAGAGUGUAGGUAAAGUAGUUGUGACCUUGUUUUACAAUUAGGCGGGUUUGGGUUUGAUUCUUCGGCAUGGCAUCUUGGUCAAGUGUCUUCUAUCAAGUGAAAUUUGAUAGAAACUUUGCAGGAUCCCAAUUGUGUAUCCUUUGCACCUGGGCUGCUGUGACCACUGUGUCCUACUUAAUGUCUGGCAGCUUGGUUUUUUUUAGACAUGCAUAAAUUGUGG